CUCUCUCUCUCUCCCCCCCCUCCGCCAUUCUACGUGUAAAGAGCAGAAGCAACGCGCUGCGCUUUGAUUCCCUUUCUCUUUCUCCCUCUCUCCUCUUUCUUUCUUCCUUUUUCCUUUCUAUCGCUCGUCAAUAAGGUGAAUUUGCCGGUGAUGGAUAUUUCGUCGUCGUCGUGCAUGCUCGCGUGCUGACACGACUUAUGUUGGCGGGCGCGCUCGCAUGAGCUCGGAAACCUCCCCCUGCCCCCCGCGAGGGCCGUCGUCUAUCGAUUAUCGCGUCGCCCUUUGCCGCCGUCAGCCGUGAUCGAGUGGUCGAGGGUGGCGGACGUGGCGGAUGAGAAGUCGGCGAUGCUGCGUCGCGGCGCGAAUUAACCUGUCGAUAUCUGUGUCCGCUCGACGCGACUGUUCGCGGUAACUGGUGAUGGACGCGGACGAAAUCCUAUGCAGGGUUUUCGGUGCGAGCUCCCUCGCCACCGAGCGCACCGCCGCCGGUAGAUCCAAGGACGAUCAUCUUGGACGAUCCAGGUGGGAACCCAGAGCAUUUCAAAAUUUGACUUGGAUAAAUGAGCACAUUAGAAAAUCCUUGUUGAAUCUCUACAUCGAUACAUGGCACUCUGAGGAUAAUAGAGAAGGUCGUAUAGGUCCUCAUCUCGUCAGAUUUGACGUAUCCAUGCAUCAUGGUCUCUGCAUCAUCUCCCCUGACAGGUUAAGCGUCAAUUCACAGAGUAGCUUUAGCACAAUGCGAGCCAAUACAGGAGUGUUCAAAGGAAAAUGGAUGUACGAGGUACAACUUGGAUCCAAAGGGGUGAUGCAAGUCGGCUGGGGCACCGCUCAAUGUAAAUUUAAUCAACAGUACGGCGUUGGGGACACUCCAAACUCGUACGCUUAUGACGGAAAUCGUGUGCGGAAGUGGAACGUGAGUACUCACAAGUACGGUGAGGCCUGGUUAACGGGGGACAUCAUUGGCUGUGCGUUGGAUAUGGACGAUGGAACGAUAGAUUUCUAUAGGAAUGGCAGGAGUCUGGGCAGAGCGUUUGAGAAUGUACCAAUGGGCGCCGGGAUCGCGUAUUUUCCCACUGUUAGCUUGGCUUUCACUGAGAACCUAACGGCCAACUUUGGUUCCAUACCGUUUAGAUAUCCCGUGGAGGACUACGAACCUUUGCAAGCACCGCCGAUGGUACAAGUCCGUCAAGCUAUGCUUCUCUUUCAGUGGCUUUCGCAAGUGAUCGAAUUGUUGGAAUACUCCAAGAACGUUGACAAACGAAACGUUCUUUUGGAGGAUAAAACUAUGAGUGCCCAUGCCUUUCUCAUGUGUCUAGCGAGAUCCAUCUUGAAACAUAUUGGCCCAUUGCUCACCGUUCCUUACGUUACCGAGACUGUUUUCGUGCCGUUCAUGCAAACGCUCUGCAAUUUGAGCACUGACGAUUCUACGACAAAAUCCGUUUACUCGAACCUUCGUAGCACGCGAUCAAUUAUCUGCUUAGAUUUGCUUUGGACGUUCCUGGAGGAACACGAGAUCAAGAUGUGCUUGGAAAGCACAGUACUCCAUUUGUUGUCCGCCUUUCGACACGUUUCUUUGCUACUCGAAUACCCGGAUCAGUGCAAAAGUCUGAUGUUACUGACUAAGAUCUGUCGACACACCGUUACGCGGCAAUAUUUUCUGCAGUACUUGUUGUUUGAUCGUGUGCGUUUUGCCAACUUUGUACAUGUGAAACCGCUCGAUGAGGGUGGCUUGACGGACGUUGUGGAGAAGGUCUGGUGGGAGACAAAUCCCUUGGAUCCAUUGAUCGAAGCGAACAAGACCAGUUACUUGUACGCCUGUGAUCGCAUCAAAGCUGCCAUAUCCGAGGUAGAAGCGUUACAAGUUGAGUUACUAGUCACUUUAUUAGAUAAUACCGAUGGAACAGCCAAGAGGCCGACAUCAAGGACCAUAUUUUUGAAAAAAUUUAAACGUUUCGUUCAGGAGAACCUAAUAUCCAGUCGCACACCUCUGCCGAUCACAUUAUGUUGCUUUCACCGACUUCUGGUUGCAUUCAGAAUUUUAUGGGACACUGAAAUUGGGACGAGCCCUGUCUAUAUACCCUGCAGGGUGUUCUACGAUGCAUCGAUCAAUUACUCUGGAAUCGACAGACUUGGUGGCGUAAUAACCCACUUAAACAAGACAUUCAAGAACGAAUUGCUACGACUCCUAGGUCCGGAUCAUGAGGUAAUCAUUGCUAUGGAACAGCAGCAACAACAGCAACAACAACGUACUGCAACGGCAACGAAUGAAGCGUCAAAUAACGCUUACGCCGUGGUCGGCGCGGCUGUGAGACCACUAGUCGACUUGCCCGUGGCUAUACCCGCGGCCAUUUAUCCUCGCUUAAUUAACAUCAACCCGCCUACAACGUCGUCAAGCCAAGGUAGUUCUGUGAUACUGGAGAGAUUCGGAUUUUUUUCACAUACUAGAGAAGAUAGAACUCCAAUACGUCACGGUCCUGCAGAUCCAGCGAUCUCAUUGAUGGAAUUAUUAGAUGGUAUUAUCUUAUUCUACCAUGUAGCAGCGAAGAAGCAGUUGGCCAAGGUGGCCGGUCUGCGCGACAGUAUGUCCGCGUACAUUAAUGCGAUCGCCGACACCAAGGCGAGGCUCGAGCAUGUCGAGCAGGGAACAAUCUCAGGGAAGGAUCCUGACGUGGAGGCGAUACAAAGAGAGUUGCUUCGUACGACGGAUAUAUUUAGUAAGAAAUUGUCGGAGCAAGCGAGACACAUGGCAUGGAUUAGGGCCGCCGUGUACUCGGAGGAGAAGCAGGCGCAGCUCGCCUGGCUGCUAAAGGUAAUCACGCUGACCCUGCAAACCGCCAGUCAACAGGGCAAUAUGUUCAGCUUCGUGCCUGAUUUCUAUUUGGAAACGCUGUCCGAUUUGAAUGUGAGCCUGCGCGCUUAUAUGCAUCCCACUGCGCCGAUCGAGAAUAUCUCAGAUUAUCGAACGAUGCUGUGCAACGCGGCCGAGUUCCUAUGCGAUCACUUUCUUGAUCCGCGCAUAGUGCACGCCAAUUCCAAAGAUGUGCUGAUACUCGCGCUCGCUGGUUUCGUAUCGAAUCCUUUGAUGCUGGAGGCACUGGAAAACGUGCCGCGCGAAAGCAGGAUAAGGAUUGUCUCGAGUCUGUUAAAACCAUACGAGAAUAGAGCGUGGGCUCAAUCCAAUUGGGUUCUACUCAGAUUUUGGCAGGGUAAUGGCUUUGCUUUUCGAUACGAGAAGAGCCCGCAUCUUUCCAAGGUCGGCACAAAGCAACAAGAAUCUGUCUAUCAGCUCAUAAAACCAUGUCCAUCAGUAAUAUAUCAAGCACAUGUGAGGGAUGUGUUGUUGGGCAAUCCGCAGGCGACCACGCAGUUCUUAAAUUCACUAUUGAACCAAUUGAAUUGGGCAUUUUCCGAGUUUAUCGGCAUGGUACAAGAGAUUCAUAAUGUGUCGUCAAGACCGGAACGAGUGUUUAUUGAGUCGAGACAAUUAAAGAUCUGUGCCACUUGUUUCGACCUGGCUAUCUCUCUGCUUCGCGUAUUAGAGAUGAUCUCCACGGUGGCCCGGGACGUUUUCAGCGAUCCCACGCAAUAUUCUAGUGAAAUUCUACUAGCUAGAUUGUGUCAAUUACUCUGCCAAGUGUUGAAUAGAAUGAGUUCACAAACCAAUUGUUUUCAACAUGUGAUGCUAUUGGAAAUACCCGAUUUAGAAUCCAUAGAUCACUUUCCUAUAUUAGCUGCCGUUAUCGGUAUUCUGUUAGCUUUGCUUGAGAAGGAAAUGAAAGAUUUCGCAGCAAAAUCGACGAUUGACGUGCCCAGAAUCACACGAAGUUUAUUGACAGAACCGAGCUUCCAGAUUAGUUCUCUGCAUUUUGUUUUGGGCGACACAAAAUUGAAAAAUACAAAGAUGAAAAAUAUGAAACCGUUUUCAUUAUUGAACUAUCAAGAAGAUGUAACGGUGGAGGAAAUUAGCCGAGUAAAGCAGAUGAUAACGUAUCUUGACAAUUGUCAUAUGCUUUUACCUGAUACCAAAUUAAUAAGUGACGAUGACAACGCUUGUACCAUUUGCUACGCGUUUCCAAUUACUGCUGUAUUUAAACCAUGCAAUCAUCAAACGUGUCGCACCUGCAUAGAUCGUCAUCUGCUCAAUACCAGGGAAUGUUUCUUUUGUAAAACGACCAUAGAAAAGGUCGAGGAUCUAAGCGGGAACACGUUGCAUGAUUUUACUAGCGAAUUCUCAAUUUCAAGAGUGACAUCUUGAUCCAAUGAUAAGAUUGUUUUUCAAAUUGCAUAUAAUGUAUUAAAGAUUUGAAUUCUUGCGAUAUAUAUGCAGAGCAUCGAGUCCCGACGGAAACUGCCUCAUAAUUUUCAUUGUAUAUUAAAAAAAUUCUUCUAUAAGAGUAACAAAAAAACUAGGAUAAAUUAAGAGCAAGAAAGAAUAAUUGUAAAGUA